ACCCACUGUAUUUUACAUAGGCUUAAGGCUUACUAUAUAUACACUGAUAUAAAACCUAACCUAUCUCAAGCACUCAACCCAGCCAUCUCUCAUCCCCGCCGUCACUCUCCUCGCCGGCAAGGCAGCGCGCAGCUCACAGAAAAAUGCCUCCAAAGAAAACCGGAAAGUCCUCGGCCCUCUCGAAGAAGAAACCUGAGAAGAUUGUGAACCCACUGUUUGAGAAGCGUCCCAAACAGUUUGGUAUUGGAGGAGCUUUGCCACCGAAGAGGGAUUUGCACAGAUAUGUCAAAUGGCCAAAGGCUGUUCAGCUUCAGAGGAAGAAGAGAAUCCUUAAGCAGCGGUUGAAGGUUCCACCACAGUUGAAUCAGUUCACGAAGACUUUGGACAAAAACCUUGCAACAAGUCUGUUCAAGUUGCUCCUCAAGUACAGGCCAGAGGACAAAGCUGAAAAGAAGGAACGUCUUGUGAAACGUGCUCAGGCUGAGACUGAAGGAAAAACUGCCGAGACCAAGAAGCCCAUUGUUGUGAAAUACGGGCUCAACCACGUUACAUACCUUAUUGAGCAGAACAAGGCACAAUUGGUAGUGAUUGCUCAUGAUGUGGACCCGAUUGAAUUGGUUGUUUGGCUUCCUGCCUUGUGCAGAAAGAUGGAGAUCCCUUACUGCAUUGUGAAGGGGAAAUCCCGUUUGGGAUCGAUUGUACACCAGAAGACAGCAGCUGCAUUGUGUUUGACCACUGUGAAGAACGAGGAUAAGAUGGAAUUCAGCAAAAUCCUCGAGGCUAUUAAGGCCAACUUUAAUGACAAAUUUGACGAGUUCCGAAAGAAGUGGGGAGGUGGUAUCAUGGGCAGUAAGUCACAAGCUAAGACAAAAGCUAAGGAAAGAGUUUUGGCCAAGGAAGCCGCACAGAGAAUGAAUUAGAGAGCAUUUGGUCUUGUUGUGACAUUUUUCCUCAACUAUAUUGUUAGCAGUUUUUGAUUUCUUUGUGAAAAGGACCAUGGAGCUGUUUGAAGUACUUAGUGCGGGUAGUCUUUUUUCGUAUUCUUCAUUUGAGGAAGGAACCUUUGCGGUAAUUGCUUUUAAUAUCAAGUAUUUACCUAAUGAAUUUUGGUUAAAUGAUCUGCCGUUUUUUU